AGCAAGACUGUUUACAAACGGACGAAGACUUUGAAUUCCCAUUUUCUGUUUUCAUAAUAAUGGCGGCCUGACGUACCCACAAAACAGUCAACAUUUGAUGUGUAUGUGAAAUUCAAACUGUUUAAAGUGACACAGAUAUUCGCCAGGAUGACCUAGAACACUGGCGGAGCAGAAGUGAGGCAGGUGUGAGCAGCAGCAGCAACAGCAGCAGCGGAGCGCUAGAGCACUGAGUGAUACCUAGGAAGUUGGUUACCAUGGCUUCCAGAGCUUCCCAGAGCCAGCCGCCGCUCUCCCAGGAGCUUGAUGCUCGCUUCUCAGUCUUCCUGAAUCCUAUACGUGACUUGACCAAGAACUGGGAAGUGGAUAUUGCUAAGUACUUGGAGGAGUACCUAGAGGAGCUGGCUGGAGUCAGGCUGAGUCUAGAUGGAGGAAACACAACAAUGAACUUUGCUGAGGCAGCCAUGUUGAUUCAGGGCUCUGUUACCAUCUACAGCAAGAAGGUGGACUUCUUGUGGCAAAUGGUACUGAAGACCCUUGAUCUGCUUUCAAACCGCCGUGACCUGGGGGCUGGUGGGGAUGGUGCAGAAGUGGGUGGGACUGGAGGAGGAGGAGGACGCAAAGGCCGCUUAGAACUCGCCCUCUCCUUUUCAUGUGUAGAUAGCAUUCAAGUGUCUCAGAACAUAGAGUUGCAGGAAGUUGAUGACAGUGACUCACGGCGGAAGAGUGUUAAAUUCCUGCCCUCCACACCUCUCAACCUGGUAGAAAAGGAGGUGGAAAAGUCACAUAAUCGCAUUUCUCUCCAUUUGAAAAAUGGUGAGGUUUUGGGUGCCAAAGAUGAUUUCAGGCUCACUCGUUCAUAUUUGACCCCUAAAGGAAUGCUGCACCUGGAGGUGCCUGGGGAGAUGCUAGAAGCUGCCCUGGCCUUAGGUUCACAGACAGAGGAACCAGCUGGGACACCUAACAUUCCAGAGCAAGAGGACCAACCACCACCCUUGGAGGACCCUGCACCUUCUGACAUGCUACCUCCAGCAGAGCAACCACCCUCAGAGGAUGACCCUCAAGCAGAGGACCAUUCACCUUGUGAAGAUGACUCAUUACCUCCUACAGAGGAUGAAUCACCCUUAGAAGAGAUUGAUAGAUCACCACCAGAAGACCAACCACCAUCAACAGAGGAUCCUCCACCUCAGGCACCAGACCCUGAUCCUCAACACAAAAACAAUAAUAAUAACAACAACAACAAUUCCCCCAUUGAUCUGGGCAAACAAAGGUAUGGCCUUAGAAAACGAAACAAAGAUGACGGAGAUGUUAUUGCUACUCUGAAGCUCACUGACAAACUUAAACCCUUUGACCCAAAUGCUGACUGUCCACCAAAGAGGCCCCCUAGGGCAGGCCGUCUCCGUGUGCCCACUCCCUGCCCUUGCCAUCGUCCAUCAGAGAGCAAGAAAAAGAAGAAUCAGAAGAACAGGAAUCUGGUAUCCAAGAACUUUAUUCCCUUGGAGGAGUUUAUUACGGGUGAGCUGAAAGAAGUGCUGAACAAGAAAUCAAAGAGAGACAGAACCAAGAAAGUGCAUCCAGAGAUCCUGGAAAAUGCUGCUGAGGAGGAGGCAAACAGGAUCAAUGAAGUGAAGAUGAAGCUGGUGAGACGGUUGAGUGAAGAAGGAGUAUGCAAGGAGGAGGCACUGCAAGCUGCUGAGGAGGCUGGGGAGGAAGCCAGAGUCUCGCCCCAGUAUGAGGAGGAUGACGACCAUCUGGCCAAUGAUUCUCCCGUUGACUUGGACUUAGAAAACACUGGGUUUGUGUUACCUGAGGCUCACCCUGAGGACCAGUUGCCCGAGGGUGGUGUUGCUGCUCGUCUCAAUGACUCCGUGGCUAGCGAGGAGCCUGCCACAGAGUAUGAGGCUCUGGUGCUUAAAUGGGUUGCAGAUUAUGUCAACAGUGCCCAGGAAAGCAUCAAAUCAACGGAGCUUGAGAAAAGAGUCAAUCAUUGGCGUAAAAUUGUGACACCCAAGCUACAGGCAGAGGAAGCCAGGACUGAGUUUGACAUCCAUCGCUAUGGAUCCAAGAUUCUCAGUCACUUCCCUAGUGAUGGGCGCAAGCAAACCAUUCCAUUCAAGCAGCUGAUGGUUGGAGAGGAGGACCCAAGGGAAGUGGCCCGCUUCUUCCUCUCCAGUCUCAUGUUGGCCAACAGCCAUAAUAUUGAACUGAGCAAGACCAGCCCUGAUGACAUGGCCAUGGACUGCCUGGAACUCACUCUCAAGUCUCGUGUACGCCAUCAUGAAGAACUUGAAGAAUAUGCAGCACCGUCACAAGCCAACACCACUAGAUCAUCCGGAAUGGACAUGGAACACAUAAGAAAUGGGGGACCACCAGGAGUGUGUGCAGAUAUAACACAGACCACUAACUUAAAAAAUGCUGCAAACAUCACCAGCAAGAAGGGGUCUGGCAAGAAAAGAGCACUGCCUAGAUAGUGCGUGCUGUUUAGUGAAGUAACACAACUUCACCGCUUUAAUGUAAAAGCUGAAAUUUAUAGUAUGUAUGUGUGUGUGUGUGUGUGUGUGUGUGUGUAAGUAUAUAUAUUGUAUACAUUUAUGCUGAAAAUGAUGGUCAUGGUGCUUCCACUUGCUGAUUACUCAGUGGAAUGAGAUAGGAUUGCAAGACAUAGUGCUACUUGAUCUAAUUUAAUGAGUACUGUUAUGUGUAUUUUUGGAAUGUAUUUACUCUUUUUAGUUUGUAUAUUUUUCUUCCUCUGGCCCUUCAUUUGUAGAUGUUUGUGGUACUUUGUAAUUUAGAACUGGAAUUUGUUAAUCAUCUGUGUAGCAUUAUUCUAAUUUGAUAUGGCUAUACACGCUAUAACCUCUCUCUAUUCUAGUGGUAGGAAAUAUUUUGAGUUGGGUCUUGCAAAACUGAAGCUACCUUGUAAAUUUUGGCAUUCUACUGUACACUAUUUUACCCAAGAGAUUGUAGUGCCUUACUAGUUAGUAACACUAGCAUAUCCUCUCCUAUGUUGGAACCCACAGUAAAAUGUUGAUUUGGUAACAGUAAGUGCAGUCUUACUUAUCCAAGGUCAUAUUGUGGUAUGUAUAGCAGAGAGGCAUUGACCACUGUACUGGUCUGAUCUAGGUCAUGAUUAGUGCCACAUGCAAACACAUGAAUUUUGUGGACAUUAUUGUUUGAUAUCACCAGAAAAAAUAUCUGACCAUGUUGUGAUACUAAUCAACAAUGCUUAACAAAUGAUUAUAGAAAGAAAUUACAGUAAAAGUCUGUUAGUCUGAACACGAGUAACUCAAAUUUCUCAGUACAAUUUUUUUAAGAUGGGAUGAAGAAAUCAAUUUAUGGUCAAAAUGAGGUUCCUGCGCAAAUUGAAACCAGGCACCAGGAGUAUCCUAGCGGCAAGGGGUGGAAGUAGAUGCUGCUAAUGAUGCUGGCCUACCUCUGGAGCAAGUUUUUUGUCAGUUGUAGAGAAGUCCAGUGAGGGCCAAACUGUCACUCUUUACCACUCCUCCAUUGAUAGGGCUUGAGGUGUCUCCAUUUUUUAUUACUGAAUACUUUAUUACUUAUGUACGGUGCUUUCAGUGGUAUAUCCUAGGUGUGUUCCAUGGGACUCUAUCCUCCGUAUCCUGCCCUUCCCUUCCUCCUGAAGGGGCUACCAGAGUGCGUUUUGAAACACACCCCUGAUGCUCUGAUGAAACUGAUAAUCAGACAGUCCUGGUUCCCUGCUCGUUGGAUUAGCAGACUUUUACUGUACAUGAGCUAUUUGCGGGGAUUGACAGAGCUUCAUUUUCUUUCUGUGUUUGCUCAGAGGCUGCAGUAUCAUCAGUAUCUGAUGAUGUAAAUCUCUCAAUCAAUGAGUUGGAUGCUAGAUUAAGUGAUAACCAAUCAUGUACAAAAUUAUGAUUUGUAAAAAGAUCUUGUAUAAGGUAAGGUAAUAAUUUUUACUGAAAAUGCAUGCUUGUUGAGAUCUGCAUGGUAUUUUGAUUUCAAUAGUUAGUUAAGAUCCAUGUAAAAAUAAGUACAAGGUUUUUUGAUAAAGAAUGGAUAAAUAUUUAUGUAUACUGAAAUGUAUUUUCCAUAAGAAUUAACAAGUACAAAUUAUAUUGCAUUUAUAAAGCUUUCCAUUAAUACACACAUUGUUAUAUAAGAUACAAAGUGGAAAGUAUUGUACGCAUGUCUAAAUGAUUCUCUCUCUCUCUCUCUCUCUCUCUCUCUCUCUCUCUCUCUCUCUCUCUCUCUCUCUCUCUCUCUCUCUCUCUCUCUCUGUUAAAAUAGUCAAUAUCUUGAAUAACAUGACUGCCUCAAGUUGUCUUACUUCACAUUUCUAGUAGUUCCUCUUUAGGUACUGGCACACCUGCAAAAGAUUCUCUCUCUCUCUCUCUCUCUCUUAGUGCCUAAUGUAAUACCAUCAGUAUCAGCUCUGAUUUCACAACCUUAAGGCAAACUCAAGGCUUCAGGCUGAGUUUCCACUUUUGGUAUAUAUUUUUUUGUUGAACUACUGUAGGAAUGAUUGUUAUUUAUUUAGGUAGCAAUUUCCCUUCCUCACCCCCUUUUUUGCAUAAUGGAUUUUAUUCUAUGUAUGAUUUUUUUUUUUUUUUUUUUUAUCAUCAAACAACACCUAUCUGCCAUUUUGCAAAAGUCCACUUUCCCUUUUUCUCUUGGAAGAAAAAUGGCAGCAAUGCUAAUGAUUUAAAAUGAAGUAAAAUAUGCAAUAAUUUAAAAA